AGUGUUUGUGUGCAAUGGCUUAUGGGCGUCAAAGGCCAAUGUUGUGUUGCGUGAAACGAACUGAAAACACCCAGAAAACUACUGACAGAAAAGAUUUAAAACAUGCUAUUUACCUGCCAUUCACGUGCUUGUAUUAUGAAUACAGUAGUCAGUAAAGCAUUCAGCUUAUGGUGCCUGCUGCACAGCGCCUCUACCGAGGUAUGUGUCGUAUACUGUACAAGAAACGCUCACAUAUCAGUCAUAAUGACCGAGGCGGAGAAUCAAGCCUGCGGACCAGAGCGAUGGUGACGGAGUACGGGCAAACACUAACACGACGGGAGCUCGGACAGUCUCAGAGGGAAAGAAAGAUGUUUGGAAUAAAAACCAGCGACGUUUUAUUCUCCGUUUCCGCGAUAGAGUGCACAGGAGGAGAGUUUAGUUCGGCUUCAUUCAUUGGCGGAGUUUCAAUGAAAAGUCUACAACCUGUCACACGGCACAGAGUCUGACUGUAAACAACAGUCAGUGCUACAGAUAAAUACAGACACGCUUGAUUUAGCGUUUAUUCUCCGUUUACAAUAGUUUCUCGCUGCGUUUCUAGGCUGUUGAAUUGCUCAAGAUGCAGGUGAAAAAGCAGAGGAGCUCCGAGGACCCUCAGCGGGAUGAUAUGAAGAAAAAGCCCUCAUGUUUCUCAAAUAUUAAGAUAUUUUUAGUGGCGGAAUGUGCUCUGAUGUUGGCACAGGGCACAGUGGGCGCAUACUUGGUGAGUGUGCUGACCACACUGGAGCGGCGCUUCAAUCUUCAGAGCGCUGAUGUGGGCGUCAUUGCCAGCAGCUUUGAGAUUGGCAACCUGGCCCUUAUUCUCUUCGUUAGUUAUUUUGGUGCUAAAGCCCACCGCCCUCGGUUAAUUGGCUGCGGUGGCAUUGUCAUGGCUUUGGGAGCGUUGCUCUCCGCAUUACCAGAAUUCCUCGCCAGUCAAUACAAGAUCACAGACACAUGGAGCAAGGAUGUGGGGCGAGACGUGUGCUCCAACACCUCUAAAGCUGAUGAACCAUGUGGGAAUAGAGCCAACACCAACAUGAUGUACCUGCUUCUGAUUGGAGCCCAGGUGCUGCUGGGUAUUGGUGCCACGCCUGUUCAGCCCCUGGGUGUGUCCUACAUAGACGAUCAUGUGCGGAAGAAAGACUCCUCUCUCUACAUAGGUAUACUCUUUUCCACACUGGUGUUUGGACCUGCUUGCGGUUUCAUCCUGGGAUCUGUCUGUACCAACGUUUAUGUGGAUGCUUUGUUCAUCGACACAACUAAGCUGAACAUCACUCCUGAUGACCCCCGCUGGAUCGGUGCAUGGUGGGGCGGCUUUCUCCUCUGCGGAGUCUUACUCUUCUUCUCUUCCCUCUUCAUGUUCGGUUUCCCCCAGUCUCUGCCCGGCAAGGAGGUGGAGGAAGGUCUUGAGAGCGAACAGGCCAUGCUGCCUUCGUCUCUACCCCAGGAUUAUGAGAAAUCCAAGCCCAGCAAUGGAGUCCCGCAGAACUACCAGCCUAACAGCAACAGUCUGUCCUGCUGCCAGCAGCUCCGAGUUAUUCCCAAGGUGACCAAGCACCUGCUGUCAAACCCAGUGUUCACGUGUAUUGUCUUAGCUGCCUGUAUGGAGAUUGCUGUUGUCGCUGGCUUUGCUGCCUUCCUGGGCAAAUAUCUGGAGCAGCAGUUCAACCUCACCACCUCCUCUGCUAACCAGCUGCUGGGGUUGACGGCCAUCCCGUGUGCCUGUCUGGGAAUAUUCCUGGGAGGUUUGCUGGUGAAGAAGCUGAACCUGUCUGCUCUGGGAGCGAUUCGAAUGGCCAUGCUGGUCAAUCUGAUCUCCAGUGCCUGUUACGUGUCCUUCCUCUUCCUGGGCUGUGACACAGGACCUGUCGCUGGGGUGACCGUCGCCUAUGGCAACGAGACACUGCAAGUAGGCCAGAGGCUGGAAGCCCCCUGCAUGAGUCAUUGUAACUGCUACACUUCAUCCGUUAGCCCCGUUUGUGGCUCCAACGGUGUGACCUACUUGUCCUCCUGUUUCGCUGGCUGCACCAGAGCCAUCAGCACCGGACUUCCACCUCCUCACUCUCAGAAUAUGACAGGAUGUGCGUGUAUCUCUGCAUACAAUGACUUUGCCACGGCUGUGCCAGGCAAAUGCCCACGUCCUGGCUGCCAGGAGGCCUUCCUCACCUUCCUGUGUGUGAUCUGUGCCUGCAGCAUGAUCGGAGCCAUGGCCCAGACGCCCUCCGUCAUCAUCCUCAUCAGAACUGUGAGCCCAGAGCUGAAGUCAUACGCUCUUGGAGUUCUUUUUCUACUACUGCGACUGUUAGGGUUCAUUCCUCCUCCUCUGAUAUUUGGCACGGGGAUCGAUUCCACAUGCCUUUUCUGGAGCACCGAGUGCGGGGACAAAGGCGCCUGUCUGCUGUACGACAAUGUGCGCUACCGGCACCUGUACGUCAGCAUGGCCAUUGUCCUCAAGGUCGUGGCAUUCCUCCUCUACACAACCACCUGGCAAUGCUUGCGCAGAAACUACAAGAAAUACAUUAAAAACAAUGAGGGAUACGUUACGCCCACUGAAAUGUUCUCGUCCAGCGUGAAUCUGGACAGUCUGGGAAAGGACAGCAGUCAGAGCCAAGUCAACAGGACUAAAUUUAUAUACAGCCUGGAGGAUCACGAGUGGUGUGAAAACAUGGAGUCCGUUUUAUAGUGGUUUCAUGCUAAUUCAAGCAUCGUUCUACUGAAGGAUCGUCUCUUAUUCCAGGAUGUGCGAGACUGUUGUUGCGCUCUUCUACUGGGUCCAUCUUGUUUUUACAAGUACUUUCAAAGGUGUUACUCCAGUGCCAGUAAAAUGUUGUAGUAGUUAGCUGAAGGCAUCUACUUCAAUGCCUGACUGUAUAGCUGGUUUGUUAACUUCACACAGCUGUGCAUUAGCUGAAGUCGUACACAAAAGGACUGCUUCCACAAUUUUUCAAGGAAAAAAAAAUUGGUCACACUUUAAAAUAAGGUUCAUUAGUUAACAUUAGUUAACAACAUUAGAAAAUAUGAACUAAGAACGAACAAUACUUCUACAGCAUUUAUUAAUCUCAGUUCAUGUUAAUUUCAGCAUUUACUAAUGCAUUAUUAAAAUCACAAGUUGUGUUUGUUAACAUUAGUUAAUGCACUGUGAACUAACAUGAAUAAACAAUGACCAACUGUAUUUUCAUUAACUACCAUUAUCAAAGAUUAGUAAAUAGUGUAAUAAAUGCAUUGUUCAUUGUUUGUUCAUAUUAGUUAAUACAUUAACUAAUGUUAACAAAUGACACCUUAUUGUAAAGUGUUACCAAAAAAUUAUAUAUAUAUAUAUAUAUAUAACUAAGAUCAACAAGUUUAACUCUUCAUCUGUCAUCUGGCUGGUUGAUGCUGGUUAUAUUCUCGAUCCCCGUCCCAGUCCGUUAUUUUUAUGGGGAUCAUUUAGUACAUCACAACCAGUUUAUUAAUACUAAUAUAUAAUUCUGUGUACUACAUACUGCAAUUUUAUACAAUAUAUAUAUGAAAACAAUAUCAAUUAUUUCUCAAAACAUUCAAAGGGGUGUUUGAGAGAUGUUUUUUUUACUAAGUGCUUUUGCAGCAUUUGCUUUCUGCUGUUGUUAAUUUAUAUUGUUUAUGAAGGCCUAUAAUGUCUUAAUUUGUAAAGGUUAUUGAUACUGUACAUUAUAAGCUUCUUUAUACUUUUGUGCAAUAGUGGAAGAGUGUAUUUGGGAGGCCAGAUUUUGUUUUGGAUGAUGAAGUCAGAUAGAGAAUAAGACUGUUUAUUUGUUUUAUUAAUGAAUUUAGGAAUGCCUCUUAAUUCAGAUAACAAUAAUAGCAUGUUUGGGACUAGACUUAUAUUGGGAAUAUUGUGACCUACAGUAUGACUGACAUCAGAGGAGAAGUAUUGGGAAAAGGCGAUUUAUUAAAUGGCAGAAGACUAUUGUCAUUCGUGAGUGGUGCUCUCAUCUCGCUGUAAAGCAAAUAACGUUUUGAAGAUCAGACUGGGCCUUGGUAUUUAUGAGUUGGAUGAAGAAUGAAAUUUUAUAUAAUUAUAAUGUAACAUGUAAAGUGUGUUUCAGCUUUGGAUUGAGAUGUUAUUUCACUUCACUGCAAUAAGACAUGGCACUGUGGGUUCUUAGCAGAUUAGAAAUAGAGCUGUAUAAAGACACUUUUCUGAUUUUGCAUUAUUUGAAUUUCCUCUAAAGCUUCAUAGCACAUCAUUCUUGUUUUACAGGCCUCACUGCAGGUAAAAAUUUAAGCAGUGUACUUUUCGUAUUAUUUUUUUUUUUUUUUGGCAAAAUAACUUUUAUUUUAUUCUGAAAAUAAAUUAUUUUUCAUAAAAAUCUCA